AUGCUGAAUAAUUUAAAAGCUCGGCUGUAUUUCUCAUCUGAAGUUCUGAAUAUCCAAUGCACUUUGUUGCUCCGUAGAGAGAAAGCAAAUGCAGGGCAUCUCACCAACUUCGAAGUUCUUGACUUCUUACGAAUUAGAGGUGCAAAAACAGAUCCCAUGGGAUGUUUGGGGGCUGUUGCUGCAUCAGAGUGCAAGGUAUACGAGUACCUCCUAAAUACUCCUGCUUGCAACCAAACAAGGGAGUCAGUUACUGAAUUUGCAAACAGAUGUGAGGGUUUCAAGCUUACCGUUGCUGACAAGCAAAAUGUUCUCAAUUGGAGGCCAACCUCAGUUGCUGAUGUUUAUGCGAUGGUAGAGGACUGUGGGAAAAGAUUCAGCAAAGAUGAGCAAGGAGGGACACAGAAUGAAGAGGAACGUGCCAAGGAACUAUUGGGUCUUGUAAAUGAGAUUUUUUCACGACCACCCAUUAAGCAAGAGGAUGAACUGGAGGUGGAUAUGAAGGACAUCUGAAAGGGUCUCCGUGCGAUGGAGAUUUUCGGAUCAG